CCCUCCCACAGGGCGGCCAUGGUGCGUCACUGCGAUAGUGCGUCUUGGUGAUGCCGGUCUCGCGUGAUGAGACUUGUGGCCUUGGGCUGUGAGGCUGGGAGCCGGCUCUUAGCAUUUAUGCUGGAGGAGUAAGCCCUAUUUGGAGCUGCGGGCUGUGUUUGGGAAAUCGGGACUGUGGGGCAAUAUGAAAGCUGUUUAGGAGAAAGGACAUGCAGGCACCGCAGCAGCCGGAAUCGCUCCCAUAGUGUGUAGCUCACUGACAGCAGAGUGGCAGUCAUAGCAAGUGCAGCACAGCGGGCUGGGACCCCAAGCUCUCCGUGCCGGGAUGACUGCCCCCCGUGUCCGCACCUGAUGGCGGCCCUGUGUGUUGGAAUCUGAGCUGUGACUCCUUUCGUUUCUGUGGCAGAAUUGACGGAGACGAUAUGUACUGAAUCGCCAUUGUAUGACGUUGUGUCUUUUAAACCUGGAUUAAUAGGGUCUAAGGGCGAGACAGGGGGCUGACAUUAUCAGCCAAUUCAUUGGGACGCUAGCCCCUCUCUGGGAGGCGAGGUGAAGGUUUCAGACAUGGAGAGAAGGGAGGAGCAGCAGAACCUUGAGUUUACAAUGGACAACGUUGAGAAGGCACUUCACCAGUUAUACUAUGAUCCUAAUAUUGAAAACAAGAACAUGGCACAGAAAUGGUUAAUGCAGGCACAGAUAUCCCCACAAGCUUGGCAGUUCAGCUGGCAGUUGCUAAAUGGAGGGAAAGUGCCUGAAAUCCAGUACUUUGGGGCCAGUGCCCUUCAUAUCAAAAUAUCUCGCUACUGGGGGGAUAUCCCUGCCGAGCAGUACGAGAGCCUAAAGUCGCAGCUUUUUGCACAGAUCUCUGUAUUUGCAAGUGGAUCCAAAAUAGUGCUGACUAGACUGUGUGUCGCACUGGCAUCUUUGGCACUCAACAUGAUGCCUGACACCUGGCCACAUGCUGUUUCUGAUAUGGUAAGGGUUUUUCAAAAAGAGGAUGGCCAGACAGAUGGUGGAUCCCGUUGCUUGGCACUUCUAGAGCUGCUGACAGUUCUGCCAGAGGAGUUCCAGACCAGCCGCCUACCACCCUAUCGCAAAGGAAUUGUGCGCAGUUCACUAGCACAGGAGUGUACCUGUGUUUUCCCGCUUUUGCGCCAGUUAUUAGAGCAAAGUGACACACCAGGGUUUGUCAAACAGAAAGUAUUGAAAUGUUUCUCAAGCUGGGCUCAACUUGAAAUACCUUUAACAGAAUGUGAAGAACUGACUCUUGCUGCUUUCUCAGCACUGCGGGAUCCUGAGCUCUUUGAUUCAGCUGUAGAGGCCUUGGUAAACACAAUCUCCCAACCUGAUGCGCAAAGGUAUGUGAACACUCUCCUCAAGCUAAUUCCUCAAGCUCUGAGUUUGCAGGACCAACUACAUCAAGCGGUACAGAAUGGAGAUCUUGAGACCUCGCAUGGAAUCUGUCGGAUCGUGGUAGCAUUGGGAGAAAACCAUUCUCGGGCUUUCUUGGAUCAGGUGGAUCACUGGCAAAGCUUCCUUGCACUUGUGAACAUGAUAAUGUUCUGUACUGGAAUUCCUGGACAUUACCCUGUUAAUGAAACUACUAGCUCACUCACGCUCACAUUCUGGUACAGUUUGCAAGAUGACAUCUUCUCAUUCGAGGCUGAGAAACAGGCAGUGUACCUGCAGGUGUAUCGACCAGUCUACUUUCAGCUGGUGGAUGUGCUGCUACAGAAGGCUCAGUUUCCUGCAGAUGAAGAGUAUGCUUCCUGGUCGUCUGAUGAGAAGGAACAAUUUCGUAUCUACAGGGUGGAUAUAUCCGACACACUAAUGUAUGUAUAUGAGAUGUUGGGAGCAGAGUUGCUCAGUAACUUGUAUGAUAAACUUGGAAGACUUCUCACCUCCUCGGACCAGUCUACCUCAUGGCAGCAUACAGAAGCUUUACUGUACGGCUUCCAGUCAAUUGCCGAGACAAUAGACGUUAAUUAUUCAGAUGUCGUCCCUGGACUUAUCGGCCUCAUCCCUCGGAUCAACAUAAACAAUGUGCAGCUUGCAGACACAGUCAUGUUCACUAUUGGUGCGUUGGCUGAGUGGCUGGCAGAUCAUCCUGUUAUGAUCAGUAAAGUGCUGCCAUUAGUUUUACAUGCACUUGGAAACCCGGAACUUUCAGUCUCAAGUGUGUCAACUUUAAAAAAAAUUUGCAGAGAGUGCAAAUAUGAUCUUCCACCAUAUGCUGCAAAUAUUGUUGCUGUCUCACAGGAGGUUCUACUUAAACAAAUCCACAAGACCAGCCAGUGCAUGUGGCUGAUGCAGGCAUUGGGGUUCCUGCUGUCUGUUCUACAAGUGGAGGAGAUUCUGUCAAACCUGCACUCUUUGAUAACGCCGUACAUUCAGCAACUGGAAAAACUGGCAGAUGAAACUCCGAAUCCCUCUAAUAAGGUGGCCAUAAUCCAUAUUCUUGGCCUACUCUCCAAUCUUUUUACAACACUGGAUAUCAGUCACCAUGAUGAUGAUCAUGAAUCAGGAGAGGUUAAAAAGCUACCAGUGGUACAAGGCCCCAAUCCGGUUGUACUUGUUCUACAGCAAGUUUUCCAGUUAAUCAAGAAGGUUUUGAGCACCUGGCUUAAUGAUGCGCAAGUGGUGGAGGCAGUGUGUGCAAUAUUUGAAAAGUCUGUGAAGACACUUUUGGAUGAUUUUGCCCCCAUGGUGCCUCAGCUUUGUGAUAUGUUGGGCCAGAUGUACAGCACAAUACCACAAGCUUCAGCAAUUGAUCUAACACGACAGCUGGUUCAUAUAUUUGCCAAUGAGCCGGUUCAUUUCCCUCCAAUCAAGUCGCUUUUCCUGUUAGUUACCUCACUAACUCUGUCACUGUUCCAGCAAGGACCCAGGGACCAUCCUGAUAUUGUUGAUUCAUUUAUGCAACUCCUGGCACAGGCUCUGAGACGCAAACCCUGCUUAUUCUUGUCCAGUGAGCUGGAUGUUAAAGCUGUCUUUCAGUGUGGAGUCAUAUCGCUAAAGUUUCCUGAGGCACCAACUGUGAAGUCAAGUUGUAAUUUUUUUAUUGAGUUUUUGCCUCGAUGUGGAGAACUGGCCCCAGUAGGACAGGUUGUCCACGACGAAGGGAAAAUUCUCCUUCAAGCCGCACUAGAGGGAAUAGGGGGACAGGCUUCACGCAACCACAUGGAUCACUUUGCAGACAUUCUCUUCUCAUUGAACAAGAACUGCUUUGCAUACCUGGUUGUCUGGUUGAAAGAAGUGAUGCAGCAAGAUGGCUUCCCUUCCCCACGCCUUACCCAAGAACAAAAGGAUAACUUCAGCCAGCAAGUUGUUCGGGAGCGUGUGAACAAGAGACGUAUGAGGGAUAUGGUGAAAGACUUUACCCUGCUGUGUCGUGGGCUUCAUGGAACAGAGUACACUGCAGACUACUGAUAAUGUCAGCAAAUCAUCUUCUAAAAAGAAGGGACACCAGCUGACAAGCUUGCCUGCAUUUCAAGACUGCAUCAGUCCCCGUUAUCCUCAGCCUGAGCUGUUUUCUUGUCUUUGUGUGACAGGGCUUGAACUGUACCGUCACCUCUUAGUGCUGCUGGAGUACCUUGUGCUGUUAAACACACAGGGUAGUGAUCACUGCAUCUGGGAAAACCUUUGCUAAAUGCUCUGCACAUAUUGAACAUUGUGUCUAGCUCCAUUCUUCAGUGACUGACUUUGUUUCCUCUCUGUGGAUGCCUGUGCACACGUUUGCCUUUGUGAGGUCAAUGACAGAACUUGUAUGCUGCUUGUAGGACAUUUUACAGAGACAGUAUGAUGAGGUUAGUGAGUGGACAGAACAAUAUAUCCUCAUCUGUGCUGCUUACCUUAUGGUUAUAUAUAAUUAUGAAUGAGCAUGUAUGCAGGUUUUAAUCCUUCUUAUCCUCUUUAGGGGCUAAAAAUGGACUGUUAGAAUAACUUUACCUGAGAUUAAGAGGACUGGAUAUUUAACAUGAAUAUAUCAGCAAUGGCACCAGUUACAGUAACUUUUCUCUCAGUUAGAAUCCAGGGAUGUCUUAUUGUUCUAUUCAAAAUGGAUCAUUUACUCAUCUUAGACUUUCAUAUUACCUUAUGGUCUAUGCCUAAUGCCAAAGCCUGCCAGCACUACUGUUUAGUCCUUCCCUGUGCAAAAGAAGACCCCUAUACGCUGCUGUUUGUUUCUUUUUGUUUUUUAACAUAAAUACAGUCAAAACUAAAUCAGCUUUUGUUUCCCAUGAACAGAACAAAAAGUUAAUGACUGAUCUUUUAAAACAUUGCUUCUUAAAACAAAAUAAAUUGGCAGAGCCAUGAACCGUCA